GCACUAAUUCCAUUCCAUCUUCUACUCAGAGCAGACGGUUUCUUAUCCCUCCAUCCCCAAGCAACCACCGCAUGCAGCUCCCUCUUCAACCCCCAUCAAACUAAAUCAGCUCAUACAAAACAAUGAAUCUUUAUAUUUUCAUUUAUAUCUGGCUUAUGGUUUUCUUCAAUUUUUUUGCCGAAGAAUUUCCCGUUAACGAAAGCAAUAUAGUUCACAUAAAUUCUGGGAUCGCUGUCCCUUUCGGGCGAUCUGUGUUUGUCGAUCCAGAGUUGGAUCUCAACAUUCGCGUCCUGCCAGGGGAUCGUUGUACAGUAAGGGUUAUACAAAACGAUCCUUUAUCCCAGAGACCUGGAAAACUGACCCCAACAAACUUUCCGUGCCAGUUUGGAAGAGAUGACGUCCAGUACUCUCACUAUGGUGCUCGUAGUCCACCUCAGGACAAAGUGAAAUUGAUGGUUCGUUAUGAUUCAUCAGAUGAUACAUUGAUAAUUCCAGUGGUUGUUAACGUUCAAGUCAUGUUUGAUCAGUUGGAGAUCGUAACGAAGAAUAUACCUUUGAGUGUUGAUAAACUUGGGGGUAUGAGCAAUCCCAUAGAUAAUAAGGUGUUACAGUUUACAUACGACAGGACUGGUCAGAUAUGCAAAGUGAUGAUUUUAACUGCUGCCAGUGGAUUACCAUCUUAUGGAGAGCUUAUAAAUAAUCCUUAUGAAGAUUUGAUGCUGGAUUGUGAUGCUUUAUUGAAGUCUGACAUAAGGUAUCAACAUACAUCUCCAAAUGAAACUCCCAACAAAGAUUUUAUUCCCAUGGUUGUAGAGCUCACUGAUUUGGACGGGAAUAUGAUAACGCAAGAAUAUUUUCAAAUUAUGGUUAGAAUAAGAGAGGCUGAAGAUAAUACCCCUCCUCAACUCAGUUUUAGCGCUCUGUUGUUGAUGGAUGUUAAUCAAUUUGUCAUGACUGCUAUUACACCCAACAUACUAAUUGCUGAAGACUUAGAAUCUUCUUCAGAAAAAUUAAUUUUCAAUAUAACAAACCCAUUGAACUAUGGAGAAGGUUCUAUUGUAUCUACGGAUGAUCAGAAUCUUCCAAUCACAUCAUUCUAUCAAAAGGACUUGAAUGAUUUGAAAAUCGCUUACAAACCACCCGCAUCUGAUUCUGAUGUUCGAAGAUUUUAUCUGGUGGAAAUGGAAGUUAUUGACACAGAUGGUUUGGCAUCAGAUCCUUUCACAUUAACUAUUGUUGUCAAUCCUAUGAACACUUUGGCGCCUCUAGCAACGAGAAACGCUGGUCUUGUUUUAUUCGAAGGUCAAUCACGCCGCUUGAGCAGCGAGAAGAAUUUAGAAAUUUCUGACGAGGAUAAUAUCGAUGAUGUUGUGGUGAGUGUCGCAGGUGGUUUAAAACACGGGAGGUUACUGUUAAAUGGAAAUCCAGUUAAACAUUUUUCUCCAGGGGAUUUAGAUUCAGGAUCUAUCGUGUAUGAUCAUGAUGGUAGCGACACCUACAGUGACAACAUCAUCUUCCGCUUAAAUGAUGGUCAACACCAAGUUGAAUUUCUGUUUCCAGUGACUGUGUACCCAGAAGACGAUGAUGCUCCUAUAUUGAAUGUAAACACGGGAUUAUCUAUCACGCGUGGAGAGGAAAUAGAAAUCACUCCAUUUGUGUUAAGUGCUACUGAUAUCGACAGUGAUGAUUCUUCUAUCAGGUAUGAUCUUGUGGAUCCCUUUCCAGUAAAUGGGCAAAUUUUAUUAAAACAAGCUGAAAUACCAGAUGACCCAGAGAAUUGGGUUUACGAAGAUGGUAUAUAUGAGAAACCAGUUUCAUUUUGGACACAACAAGAUCUCAUAGAAGGAAACAUAUUUUAUCGUCAUUCUGGUAACUAUAUCCCCUCUCCAGUUGUAGAACGCCUUAGAUUCAAACUUAGUGAUGAUAACAUUCCACCAAAUGAGUCUAAUGUUCAAGAAUUCGUAAUAAGGAUCAUGCCACUUGACAACACUCCUCCCGAACUCUAUCCUGGCACGCCACUUCAAAUGACAGUACAAGAAUUUCAGCUAACAGAUAUUACACAGAAAUAUCUCAGAUAUUUAGAUUCUGAUACCAAAGACCGUGAUUUGACUAUUACCGUUACUGUGAAACCUUUUGAUACUGAUGUAAAUAAUCCAAUGGAAUCAGGCAAAUUAGUACUAUCGGAAAAUCCGGAUGUUGAAGUAAGCGAGUUCAACCAAGCUCAAGUAAACCAUCACAAAAUUGCUUACAAGCCCCCAUCUGUGGAAUUAGGUAUGGUACCGAGGUUAAUUCAGUUUCGAUUUGAUGUGAAGGAUAAAGCAGGAAAUAUUCUCCCCAAUCAAGAAUUUCUUAUUUUACUACAGCCAGUCGAUAAUAAACCACCAAUAAUUCAUAAUAAAGGAAUUGAAAUAGAAGAAAAUGGCUUUGCAAUACUAACACCAGAUAUCUUAGACGUUACAGAUGCUGAUACUGAUCCUAGUUUGCUAACUUUUAUAGUUGUACGAACUCCAGAAUAUGGAAGUAUACAAAUAGGUUCCUUAGAAAUGGCGAAUGGUGAUUCUUUUACUAAACAUGACAUUAACAAUGGGAUUGUGAGUUACGUACACAAUGGAUUUGAAACAAAUGAAGAUGAAUUUAAUUUAGAAGUGACCGAUGGAAUUCAUAAUUUACCUAUUACUAUGCAUGUUUCAAUCAAAAAGGUUGAAGGUCAAGCUCCAAAAUUAGACUUUACACCUUCUGCUCUUAAUAUUCAAAUAUUUCUUGAAGAAGGCAGCAGUAAAGCACUAACAAAUGACUUAAUUAAAGUUUCUGAAUCAGACACAGAUAGUAAAAUGAUCACUUUUAAUUUGAAUGAGUUACCACAAUUUGGUUCUAUACAAGUAAAUGGCUCCAUUGUUGAAAGCUUUAAACUAGAGGAUCUACAGAGGGAAAGAGUUUUUUAUCGCCAUAAUGGGGAAGAAAUUGGAUUCAUUACGAUUAUAGAUUCCUUUAAUUUGUCCGUUUCUCACAAAUCUAAUAAUUGGAUGGUUGAUGGAAAUAUCAUUGACAGAGUUAAUGUCGUAGCUACCAUUACCCCCGUUGAUAAUUCUUCCCCAAUGGUAGAAAUCGGGGAGCCAUUGAAAGUUUUAGAGGGACGAAAAAGCCUAAUUACAAUUGACCAUAUAAAUGUCACUGACUCAGACACAUUAGAUGAGGAUAUAAUUUGUGCUGUACAGGAUCAACCAAGCCAUGGUUACAUCGAGAACUUUUCUCCAUCUCCAGGAUCUGAAAGACACAGAACAGGAAUUCCAGUCACUGCAUUUUCUGUGUCAGAUAUAAUUCAUGACUAUAUAAGCUACGUUCAAAGUAUACAUAAGGGUACCGAACCAACCGAAGAUAAAUUUUCCUUAGUUUGUUCUGAUGGAUUAAAUUCCUCUCCUUUAAAUGGAAUUCAAAUUAUUAUUGAACCCUCAAAUGAUGAAGUUCCUGAAAUAUACAUGCGAGAAUUCAUUGUUAUGGAAGGCACUGAUUUGAUUAUUGAUCUCCCUAUAUUAAAUGCUUUGGACCUUGAUAUUCCUAAAGAUAAGCUUAUAUUUUUAAUUACUCAAGAACCAGAGCAUGGGGUGAUUGCUUCCCAUAUGCCAACUGGAACAGUUAAAGUUAAUAAUUUUACACUUGAAAGAAUUACAAGAGGAUCUACAAUAGUAUACCAACACGAUGAUAGCGAAACAACCAAAGACAAUUUUGAACUGACAGUUACUGACGGAGUACAUAAUUCUACUAAAACUAUCCUAGUUAUGGUGAUACCAGUGGAUGAUGAAACACCUCGAUUAGCUAUUAAUGAUGGCUUAGAAAUUAAACUUGGAGAAUCGAAAUUAAUAACUAAUCGUGAAUUAAAAGCUGAAGAUCUAGAUUCAGAUGAUUCAACCAUAACAUACGUUGUGAGACAAGUUCCGAAACUCGGGUACAUUACCUACUUGGACUUUUCUGGAGAACCCCUUUAUAAUAUAACUCAUGGAAUGAACUUUACCCAAAGUGAUGUUGACAAUGAAUUAAUUUUAUAUACCCAUAAUGGACAAGAGGGUGCAAGAGAUUUAAUAAAGUUUGAUGUUACUGACGGUUAUAAUCCUUAUGUGGAUCGAUAUUUUUGGAUAACAGUUGAAGGAAUCGAUACAAUUUUCCCCAAUGUCAUUAAUAAAGGAGUUGAACUACCAGAAGGUGGAAAAGUUCUUCUUGAUACUGAUAUUUUAAGCACAACUGAUCUUAAUAGUGCAGAUGAGCUUUUGAUGUUUACUGUCACUCGAGCCCCCACAAAAGGUCACUUAGAAAAUACUGACUUUCCAGGGAUUCCUAUUACUUCUUUCACACAACUCGAUUUAGCUGGUAGCAAAAUAUACUAUGUUCACACAAGUGAUGAUGAAAUUAAGCUAGAUAGCUUUGAGUUCGAAGUAAGUGACGGUUACAAUUCUGUUUACAGAACUUUUAGAAUUUCAAUAAGUGAAAUAGACAAUAAGAAACCAGUCGUUUAUAUGACAGCUAUUAGGGUUAAAGAAGGAGGUAGAAGAUUAAUAACACCGUUUGAGCUGAAAGCUGAAGAUUCAGAUACAAGCAAAGACAAGAUAAAAUUCACAUUAACCCAACCACCAAUAAAUGGUAAAUUAGUGCGUGAUGGAUCAGGUGUUGUUACAACCUUUACUAUGUCAGAUAUUACUUCCAAUUUGAUUACCUAUUAUCAUGAUGGAUCUGAAACUCUAGAAGAUUCUUUUUCAUUUGUCGUUUCUGAUGGAAAGCACAUGGAAUUUUAUUUACAUCCAAAUACUCUAACACCUCUCAGAAUUCCCGUGACUUUUCAAAUCGCAGUUGUACCUGUAGAUGAUGUAGUUCCAAAUAUAGUUAUGAAUAGAGGAGCGACAUCUGUUGGUUCAUUAGAAAAUGGAGAUAUUGGAUUCCGCUUCUCCAGUAAAAUACUGAGAACUGAAGAUAGAGAUAGUCCAGUGACAGAGUUGAUUUAUGUAAUAACAUCACAACCAAAACACGGAAUUCUUAUCAAUGAUUAUUUGGGUAAUGGAAGUAUCUCAAAUUUUACUCAAGAUGAUAUCAACAGAAUGCGAAUCUUCUACAUUUUGGAUCCUAAAAGCAACGCUACAAGUGACAUAUUUCACUUUAAAGUUCAAGACAAAGGUAAUAAUGAACUGUCUAAUCAAAGUUUCAGACUUAACUGGGCUUAUAUAAGCUUUGAAAAAGAUAAAUAUUUUGUUAAGGAAACGGAUGAGUUUCUUUAUAUUAAUUUGCUACGAAGAGGAUAUGUUGGAGAAACAUCUUUUGUUGGCAUGCGUUUGAAGAACGUGUCAGCCAAGAUGGGAUUGGACUUCAGUAGUUUUUAUGCCCAUCAAGUUCAGUUCAAUCCUGGUCAAUCGGAGGCCAAAUGGAAAUUGAAGAUUUUCGAUGACAGUCGCUUUGAAGGGAAUGAAGUUUUUGAAGUUGAACUUGAAGAGCCCGUGUCAGCUGCUGUAGAGAACCCAAAACUGGCACAGAUAAUAAUCGACGAUAAAGAAGAUGAAUCAACUGUAUUUAUACCAGAAACAGUGUAUGAAAUUAAAGAAAAUGUCGGUAAUUUUAUGGUACCAAUAAAGAGAGUAGGGGACAUUUCACAGGAAAUGAUGGUACUUUGUUCAACCGAAUCAGGAACCGCUCAAGGUACUUCUGCCAAACCAAUUCUUUCUUAUACUGAUUUCAUCAACAGACCAGAAGAUCAUAAAAAUAUCAUUCAGUUCCGAAUUGGAGAAGAAAUUCAAUUUUGUAAACUGACCAUUAUUGAUGACUCAUUAUAUGAAGAAGAAGAACAGUUUACCGUAAAGCUCAGCUCUCUAAUGGGUGGUAAACUGGGGAAGAAUAACCAUACUACGAUUAAAAUCCUGCCUGAUCCAAGAGACGUGCCUUCAAUAUAUUUAGCUGAAAGUGAAUUAUUUGUGGAUGAAAGUGAUGGCUAUAUAGAAAUCAUUGUUUCGCGCACUGGUCCUGAUCUCAGUAUGUCUUCUACAGUGACAGUUCAGUCUCGCCCAUCUGAUCCAGUAACAGCAGAAGUGCCUUCAAUAUAUUUAGCUGAAAGUGAAUUAUUUGUGGAUGAAAGUGAUGGCUAUAUAGAAAUCAUUGUUUCGCGCACAGGUCCUGAUCUCAGUAUGUCUUCUACAGUGACAGUUCAGUCUCGCCCAUCUGAUCCAGUAACAGCAGAAGGUUGA